GGUAUUUAUACUUUAUUUAAAAUUGUUUGAAGAUAUUUUUUUUUAAAUCACUUUAAUCUAGGUAUUUGCAAUACCUAUCUGAUAAACAAAACAGAGGGUUACUUUAAAUAAUGAUAUUUACUUGUUCGAAUAUUAUAAACUCUGAAAUAUAAUAUAAAUACUGGCAUAGUAAUAUCGUUAUUACGUUUUUAUAUAUAUAUUUUUGUCAUAUUACAUAUGUUUAAACCUUAGUAACGUAAAUUGAACAAAUAAUAUUUUUAAUCAAUAUAAAAAUGAAUGCCAAGAAUAAUAAGUUGAAUUUUAUGCGUUUAGGCAAAAGUUUAGAGUCUUCAUUAUACCCAUCUUUGGUCCGUGUGCUUAGUGAGGCACAUAAAGCGGAUGCUAUAAGUUAUAAUCAUAAGUUUCAAAAAAUUUUCAUGAAUAGACUAGCUGAAGAUUUAUGGUAUAAUAAUCCGUUGUAUCCAGAACGCGAAAGGACAUCGGUUUGUAGUAUGCCGUUUGCUGUGGUUAGUAAUGACUUAUUACAAACAUCACAUACAUUUUCUUGGGGUAUAUCACGAGAUCAAGCGGCUACUAUUAUACAGGUUACAUAUUGUAUUCAGUUUUUAGUUUAUAAGUCUUAAAUUAAAAUCUGCAUUA